GGUCGGUCCCUUCCACGUAAACGCUCUCGGAUCCUUCCGCGCGCUGUUCGGAGACUUUCCCCACCAAUUGCCUGUUGCCACGUAGGCGCCGCGUAAGAGCGCCGGACAUACAAAGAAAGCAGUCCGACACACAAGGCAGAAAACUUACCUCUGGCUGUCCUGCGUAAUUAGGGUUCCGUCGCCUCUGAUUCUGGUGAUCUGCUCCGAUUUGCUCGAUCGGCGACCUUCCACCUCGAAGCCAUGUUCAGAUUCUGGGGAUCUCAAGAGCAACAAGAGCAGUCACGUGCCCAAGAUAGUUCCUCGCCAUCAUGGUAUCCUCCAUCAGUUGGUAGCUCGCCCACUUCUUCUCGCCCUUCAACUCCUGGCAGCAGCUCUCAUGGAAGUUUUAGUCUUUCCUCACAUACUACAUCACAUGUUUCACCCUCUGAAGCCUCUGGCAUCAUCAACCAGCUAAAGGAUAAAAGUGUUGAUGAGCUACGCAAGCUUCUUUCUGACGAGGAUGCUUACAACCAGUUCUUACUGUCACUUGAUCAAGUGAAAAUGCAAAAUAAUCUAAGGGAUGAACUACGUAAUGAAACUCUUCAGCUUGCUAGGAACAACUUGGAGAAGGAGCCACAGAUAAUGGAGCUCAGGAACCAGUGUAGAAUUAUUCGAACAACAGAGUUGGCUGCUGCUCAGGAGAAACUAAAUGAACUAGAAAAGCGGAAGGAAGAGACCAUGAAGAGUCUCUCUCCAUCGUCCUUCCUCCAGAAGCUUCAAGAAGCGAUGAAUAAGACAGAAGAAGAUUCUGAAGCCCUGCACAGACAAUUGCUGGAACAUGAGAUAGAGCUCGGUGCCUUCGUGCAGAAGUACAAGAAGCUGCGCAACAUUUAUCAUCGAAGAGCAUUGAUUCAUCUUGCUGCCAGAGCGUCUUCGACAGGCUGACAAGUUUGUUGUAAUAAAUAGAGCUUAUGCAAAUCAAAAAAUUCAUGUUGCUCGGUCAUAUUCUUCCCAUCUUUCUCAAUUUUCUGCUUCCAUCCUUUCUGUUUCGUCGUGUAUUCUACAGACUCAGCCUCAGUUACAUAUGGUAUAGUAAAUGAAUCCAUUUUUUUGUUGGGGAGCCA